AUGGCCAAGCUGGCCCCCCAGCAUCUGCCGAUUUGGCCUCGAGGCUGCCCUGUGAAGGCACGAGCGGUCUUGGCUUCGGCGAAGCCGCGUCUGCUUGCUGACUCUUGUGCAUUCUCUGACCCCUUCGGGGAGGGGCGUGGGCGGAACGGGGAGCCGACCCGACCGCCGAGCUCUUUCUCUUGGCCGCAGCCCGAGGGCGUGCAUGGCCGCCUGGCAGGUUACAGCCGGCCAUCGGGUGAAUUGGUGCCCAGGGCCAGCGCCUGGCGGAGCUUGAGCGGGGUCCCUUGGCGCGGCCUUAGCCUGGCAGGCGAGGGCGUUCGGGUCGGCCGGCUCGCGCGUUUGAUCCUCGCCGUGGGUCUGGUUUUCUUCGCCCGAGCCCGCGCACCCACAGUGGCGGAGCCUAGCGCGAACCCGGCCAGCACCAUGCGCUUCUUCACGUCCGUGCCUAGCAGCGCGCAUCCGUGCAGAGCGUUCGAGAUAGCGCCGCCGACAGCCGCGCUCCUGUGA